AGUUAUUACAUGAAUAAAUUCUUUUACUUAGGAUACCCCAUAUUUAACAUAAUUUUCCAUAAAAUUGUACAAAAAAAAUAAGAUUAAUGAUUUAUAAAAUUUAUCAAAAUGUAACUCCAUCGAUAUGCAAACGUAAAAACAUCGACACAAUGGUGAUCAAUGUAAAUUGAUUAUUAUUCCAUGUGAGCAAAGAUCAACAGUUUCAAAAUGAAAACAGGUUAUGAUGUUACAUUCUCAGAAAAAACAAGUAAUUAGACAAAUAUUAUACAAAAUUAACCAAAUACUUUUGAAGAGAAAAUUAAAAAAUUGAGAUAUUCUUAAAUAGAAUUUUUUAAUACACAAAUUCUGUUACACUUUUUACAUGUACAUAGUUUAGGUUACUAUACAAUCUUCGAAAUUUCGGAACAAUUUAUAAGUCAGAAAGACACAAGUGGAUUGCAUAAUUUUUAUACCUGAUUUCGUGUUAUAUAAUGAUGUUAUAUUGAGGAAAAAAGGAUUUUAACCUACCGCAAAAUUCAUCAUAUAUAAAACUAAACAGAAAAAAAGUAUUUGACAAAUUUUUAAUUGAUAAUGUUUUUAUCAAAAAGAUUGCUAAAAGGUGCAGCUCUUGGAAUAAUUGGAUUGGGAACGCUAGCAUCCUUAAGAGCAAAUGAAUAUGACUUGGGAGCUAUAGGUAUUGUACGAUUAGGACGUGCUGCAAUUACUGUCUUUAUAAUUGGGAGGCAUUAUAGAAACGAAUUGUAUGGUAGUAAUUUAGAUCCAAAUACUCAGGAAUAUCUUGACUUAAAAUCAAAAGUACAUAAAUAUGGAGCACAGAAACUCUUAGAACUUUGCUGUGCCAACAAAGGUGUUUAUAUAAAAGUAGGUCAACAUAUUGGCGCACUAGAUUAUUUAUUGCCAUCAGAAUAUGUUAAUACAAUGAGGGUGUUACAUAGUUCAGCACCACAGUCAUCUUUUAAAGAUAUACUUACUGUUAUUAAAGAAGAUUUCAAGAAAGAUCCAUAUGAAAUAUUUGAAAGUAUUGAUCCUGAACCUUUAGGCACUGCUAGUUUAGCACAAGUUCAUAAAGCUAUAUUAAAAAAUGGUGAUGUUGUUGCUGUUAAAAUUCAACAUCGAUCAGUUAAAACAAAUUCCUAUGUAGAUAUAAAAACUAUGUCAGCCUUAGUAAAAUUAACAUCAUUAGUUUUCCCUGAUUUUAAAUUUGAUUGGCUUGUUGAUGAAACUAAGAAGAAUAUUCCUCGAGAGUUGGACUUCACUCAAGAGGGAAAAAAUGCAGAAAAAAUUCAAAAUAUAUUUUCACAUUAUCAUUGGUUAAAAAUACCAAAAAUACAUUGGGAAAUUUCAUCACCACGAGUUCUAGCAAUGGAAUUUUUGGAAGGAGGACAAAUUAAUGAUUUAAAAUACAUUCAAACCAGUAAUUUAAAUCCAUAUGAAGUUAGCAGUAAAUUAGGUCGACUUUAUAGCCACAUGAUAUUCAUUGUUGGUUUUGUACAUUCAGACCCACAUCCUGGUAAUGUUUUAGUCAGAAAGAAAAAUAAUGAAGCAGAAAUUAUACUUCUAGAUCAUGGAUUGUAUGCAAACCUCUCAAAUGAAUUUCGAUGGGAAUAUUCUAAGCUUUGGUUGGCAAUAUUUGAUGGCAAUAAAGCUGCAAUGCAAACGCAUUGUGCUAAUUUAGGUGUUACAGAUUUGUAUGGGUUAUUAGCUUGUAUGGUAUCAGGACGAUCUUGGAAUACAAUUAUAACUGGUGUUCAGAAAACCAAAUAUGAUAUACAGGAAAAAGAGGAAUUUCAAAAAGAAAUACCAAAUUUAUUACCACAAAUUAGCACUGUACUAGACAAAGUGAAUAGGCAAAUGUUAUUAAUCCUUAAAACAAAUGAUCUUAUGCGUUGUAUCGAAUAUUCCCUCAACACAGAAUCAAGAAUGUCAGGAAUGUUGGAAAUGUCAAAAUGUUGCAUACAAUCUGUAUAUGGAGAGAAACUGAAAACCUGCACGAAUAUAUGGGAAAAGUGGAAAGUUUCUAUAUCUCAACAAUGGGCACUCUUUAAAUUAUCAUUAUAUUAUAUAUACUUGGGAGCAUUAAAUUUUAAUAUACAAAAUUCUGUUAACUCAUUUAUGAAAAACGAAUUUUAUACUUUUUAACAUUGAUUUUGUUCUAGGAAAAAUUUGCUAUGUAUAAUAUAACAUUUCUUUAAAUAUGUUAUGAUUUAAUUAAUUUAAACAAAUAAUUUUAAAAAGUUCUAUUUAUUUAUAAUAUAUUUUUUUUCAUUAUUCUAUUUUUCACAUUUCGCAUUUUCAUAAAAAUAAAAAUUAAUUUAUGAUAAAUAAGAACAAUAUUCAUAUUAAACAAGUGUUUAAUAUGAACUUUAAUAAUUGCGCAAAUUUAUUGUGCCAUAUCUUGAUUGUCCAAUAGUCAAAGUUAUCCCAAUUAAAGAAUAAUAUUAAAUAUUUAUUCCAAAUAUGUAUGUAUAUACAUAUUAUAUACAAUCAUACAUUUUUAUUUUAUUAUCAUAAUUUAUCAUAUUUACGUAUAUUUUGCAUGAAAUGCGAAAACUUGUAUAUUUUGUUUCUCCUUCAUUAGUGGAAUAGAAGAAAUAAAUUAUAUCUGAUCGAUUAUUGUAUUUAAUAAUAAAAUAUGACAAUAAAUACGUUUGAUCAUGAAUCAUGUUUUUAAUGUAUAGAUAAAAACUUUUUUUUUAAUUUUUUUUUUAAUUUUUCCAUCGAGACAACGAUCUACAGUGAGAUCCGUUAUAACGAGACGUGAUAAAGUGCACGCGUACCGAACAAAAAUUCAAAGUCGAUUUUCUCGAAAACAAAGCCUCAAACGAAAAAUUUUUAUUCUAUAUUUUCCCCCCCGAAUCACCCCGUUUCCGCUUGUACCACCAGUUACCAGUGUAUAUAUUACAUUCAUGGGUAGAAAAAUGUUGAGAAAUUACAUGUGUUUAUUUAAGAUGUAUUCUUAACUUAAUUACGUCACAGAGGUAAUUUAUCAUUACAACUUAAAUCAAUUUUACGAAGUAUAAUAUUUAUUAAAAGUAUAGAAAUUCAUUAAUUUAUAUCUAUAUAUAAUAAUAAAAUAAUAUCAUUUAUUCAUUAACUUUCUACAAAAAUUAGUUUAAAUGAGAAGAUUUAUUGUUUUCGAUAAUCUGCUGCAAUUUCAUUAUACUCUAUCUUUGAUCACGAUAUAAAAAUAGAAUUAACGUGUAACUGCAACUGACUAAACCAUUUCUAAGAAAAUUAAAUGUGAACUUAAAAUAUAUACAUGUGUAUACUUAUGUACCUAACUAUAUAUGUACGCGUAUAUGUAUCUCUCAUGCGUCAUUCAUUAGUCACGAUUCAAGAAUGCUUCAUUAUAACAUAAAGAAUACAUAUCUUUAUUUUAUAUCUAUUAAAUAAAUUGUAUCAAUUAAGAGAAAAAUGAAAUAUGAUAAUUAUUAAUGUUAUGGAAUAUGGUUAAAGAUUCUGAAAUAUUUCAAUUUUCAAGAACUUUCAGAUUUAACGAAAGUAAUUUUUGUUUUUGUAUCGUGAAAUAAAACGUAAAAUGGAAAGCAUCUUAUUACACUCAUUGAGUAUAAUGUGUAACAGCGUAAAAGUUAUUCCUGACAGUGUUGCCAUGUGUUGCAAUUUCUAUAAUGUCAAACAUUUUUAUAUCAAUGUUAUUGUUUUUGUAUUUGUAAUGUCGCAAUUUUAUUUCAUACUAGUAUUUCAAAAAAAUAAUUAAAAGUCAAUAUAUUUGAUUUGAAUGUAAUUUAAUAAAUUAAUAUUUUUACAAGAUUUAUGUUCAAUAUAUAUAUUUAUUUAGUUACUAUUCUCUGCUUAUUUCAUACGAAUUUCAUAGUCUACAGCCUACUUUAUUUAUUAUAUAUGUAACUUACAAUCAUUGGAAUAAUGAUUUUUACAUUAACAUUAAUGUACGUGCCAAAUAAUACGUGCACCGGAAAUGACGUUAACAAAAUGGGGCACGCAAUUGGUUAGAAUUAACCGCAGUACAUCUUCAUACGCUAUUGAUUAUUUCCUGUAAAUGAAGAAUUUUAAUAUAAUGUACAAAAUAUAUAAAAUUUAGCAUUAAAAUUGUCGCACAUAUAUUUAAAAAUUUAUUGGAUUAAAGUAUUUUUCAAAAAUUCUAAGAAUGUAAGGUUAAUGUAAGAUUUUAUACGGAACUAGUUUCCAUUGUCCACGCGUAAGACCACGUCAUAAAGAUAGGCGUGGGGGUAUAUAAAGCGGCCAUUACACGCGCAGCGUAGGCAUUGGCUUAGUCUUCUUUAAGAUGUGAGGAGGGUAUUUUGCUCGGUAGUUUCAAAUCCUUUGUGUGCAUUUUGUGUGAAUUUCUUCUGUUUUGUUCUACAACAAACACGAGCCGGAUACAGUCUCACCGUUUGAGAUGGCAUUGGGACAGGCGGAGGGAGUUGGUGUUCGCAACGAUGCUGAAGCGUACCGCACGAUCGAGGACCCCAUGUUCUCUAGUCUCUACGCCUUUCAUUGAUUUGGUUUGUAAACUGUAUCGGGACCAAUGCAUUCCCCUUUACAAUUUUUUGUAGUAAUAUACGUAAUAAUGAGCGUUCGAAAUAUGUCCGAAGAGUGUUUGAUCCGAUAUUUUUUAUUUUCAGAAAUAUGGCAAUUUACAUAAAACAUUAUGUACUUUAUAUGUCUUAUAAUUUAAAGAAAAUUUGUAUAGUACAUUUUAAUUUGUAGAUUUAGUAGUACCGUUUCAAAUAUUCGUUCCAUUAUUCUGAACGUCAAGAUUUUGUAUAUUUGCUUAAUGUUAAUUAACAGUUUUGUAGACUUUAAGAAAUAAAAUGAAAUUAAUAAAAUUUGGAAAAUGUUUACAAUUUUUCUGCAAUCUUCUAGUUCAUAUUAAUGCCAAAAAUCCUUUUUUGUCCAGCAUACUACACAAUAAAAUUCUGUCGCAGGCAAGAGACCCGCACAUGCGUCCAGGCUGUUGGCCGUCAUCGGCGACAUUAUUUGGCCUGUCUGUGUAUGAGAUAAGGAGUGACGAGAGAGGAUUGGUAUGGGAUAAACAAAGGGGAAAAGUCUUUGUUUUUAGAAAAUCGUGCAGGAAGUUUUCUGGCUGACGAAUGGGUUGCACCAUGAUCAAGUUGUACAUAAACGUCUCAUCACUCCGCGCUUCCGUAUCUUGAACAUGCAAGCAUCAACUAAUUCCAAAAUCGUCUGAUGCGCGAUACUCAUAGGCUUAUUGUGACCAACUACAGCAAAUUGUAGCAAAUCAUAUUUGGUGAGCUCUAAUCCCUUUUGUUCGUUAUCUGUGCAAAUGUGUUUUCUCAGGUCCGGAAAAGUUUUUUCAACGUUUGUACCACCAACUUGUAUGUGAGUUACUUUGGCUUAUCAAUAUGCCUUGUUCAAAGUUGAGCAAGCUGAAUACUGUCACAGCUCUCUAUCUUCCCAUUUGAAUUAAGAUAAUAAGAGCUUUUUGAGGUAUGGAGUAAAUUGAAUGCAUCUUUGUUGAGUCUAGAUGAUCCAGAAUGGCGAACUACCGCAAGUAGCACAACUAAUCGAAAUAAUAGACAUGCACAUAUAUGAAAUAUGUUUAAUAUGGAUAGGAAAUUAUUUUGAAAUUUAACAAUCAUUGCAAUAAAUAUGUCGAUUCGGAAGUCAUAUUACUAGAUACUUAUUUUCACAGAUUUCAAUUCACUUAUCCAUUGAUUGAUGUUAGAACAAAUGAAGAACUUUACAUGUUAUUAGAUACAAAUAAAAUGUAUUGUUCCUGACAAAUGGUAUGCAGAAGAGUAAUGGAAAUAAAAGACUGGUUUAUAUUACAGUUCAAGUGACUGAUAGUAGGAAAGCAGUGAUGGAAAAUGAAGCAACGUAUUAUAAAAUUGAAUCCCUAAGUAUAGCAUGUAGAUAAUAUUUUGAGUGUUGAUGGAGGACAAAAUUAUGCACAUUCCUUUUUUAAUUCCAAGGAAAUAGAUCAUCGAUGCGUCAGUUGUCAAAACAUGAUGGAAAUAGCUCAUUGUUAAUUGAACAAGUUUGAUAUAAUUACACAAGCUAAAGAUUUAACUUGAAAUUUGUUUGAAGAAAUUUAUUUUUGCUUAUACCUGAUGUCAAGUGCGGUAUUAAGUAUCAUGCUUCUAUAACUAUUGUUUUAAAUAUUUUUGUGUUGAAAUAUUGUCGUUUGGGUGUCUGUUUUGUACUGCAGGAGUACCCGAAAUAAUUAUACUGGUCGUGUACAGCUAUACAACUACAGGCAGUUGAUUCUAUUCCUGGAACGCGUUGGAUUCGUGUUUACAUGGUACGUUGAUUAGAAUGAUUUAGAGGUGGGUUACUGGGGGUGUGAGUAAUUAUGUUUCAGCCAGGUUUGGAUAGAGAAUGCGUUUAGUCAACGUUUAAAGGUCCGCUUAAAAUACACAUGCCCUGGUAGUUUCUAAUUGGAUCGUUAUAGAUGUCGUAUACUUUCUGCUAAAUCCGUUUUUGGGAGACAUUAAGAUGAAAAAGGUCGUAUUUUUAAAGAGAGGGAGAGAGGUAGUAUGCUUUGGAUAAAGGUAACAAUUUUAUAUGAAGGAUGAUUAUUGUAAACAUUGAAUAUAAUUGGGGAAAAUUGAGAAACUGGUGCAACUUGUUGUAUUAUGAGCUACAGGCCUGGUGCUGUGUCUAUCUCUUUAAUACAAUAGAUGAGACAUUUGUAUGGCACUUUUGAUAAUGGAAAACGUGUUCGUGCUGUAUGUUUUGCAUUCAAUAACAGGAAAUGGUUCCGCAAUUUCAGUAAUUUAAAGUACUUGCGGUAUAAUGAUAAGCAUAAUACAAUAUAAAUUUGCAUUUCAUCCGGCUACUGAAGGAAAUACUUGUUUGACAAUGGAACAGAUCAUUGCUAAGAAAGGAAGAAACGAGCAGUUAACACGAUAGUUGUAACAAAUUUUUGUUCCAUCAGUUUUGCGGCAGGUAAAAAUCAAAAUAUAAUCAUUGAAGUCAAAUGUUUUUCAGAUUCAAAAUUGUAAAUUUAAUAUAAUUGUUUUACGGAUUCAUUACGCACAUAAAAUUCGCAUGCAAUCUGUUGAUCCAAAAAUAUUCCAAAUAUAUAGAAUGAUAGUAGUAAAUAUAAGUACAAUAUAUAUUUUAUUAUAAAGUAAGGGUAUUCAGAUUGAAGGACAAAUUACACGUGAAUGUGAAAAAAAUGAUCAGUAAGUGUUUUUUGAAUUGUGGAAAUUAUAAAUAUAUUACAGAAAGUAAUAUUAAAUGAUCCAGAAAAGCAUUUUCCAAAUGGAAGGAUAAAAUGAAUUACUAUUUUACCUUGAUUAACAACAUUUUUUCAUGGAUAAAUAAAUGAGAAAAUAAUUCAGUAUGUAUUAUUUUCAAUUGAACGUUCAACAAAUCUGUAUAUUGUGAAAAUUAUGCAUGUAUGACAAUUAGACUAUUUAGAACUGUUAUAUUUCAAAGUAAUCUCAGUGCCAAUGAAAUUGAUUUAUUGAAACUAUAUAUGAAUGUGAGUCUUUAUAUUCUGCUUCAUUUUUUUUUUAAACAUACUAAAGCAUACUAAAUCUUAUAAAAAGAAUUUGAUUACAAGUUCAUUUAUAUGAACAUUGAAACAUGAAGUAAAACAACUAUGGUAUCGUAUCUUGUAAUCUUCACUAUUUCGUCUAAUUUGAUGUCUUGGUUGUAUGCAAUUUCAUGCACCAUUGGAUAAACAGCUUUCUGUAUUUUCUAAUGAAGAAGAAUAAAAUUAUUUUAAUAUGAACGAAGAAAUGACUUCGAAACAGAUUUGAAAUUAAUAACUUAAUUACAAUCAUCUAUGUAUUACAACAGUUGAAGAUUUUGGAUAUGAAGAUAUACAACAGAUGUAAAAUUUAUAUAAUAUGCUUCAGAUAUACAUUUUUGGAAUAUACUUACUAUAUACUUAUUAGUAAAAUGUAAAUAUUUUUGUAGAAAAGAGUAUAAAAUUCGACAUGAUUUCUUUCAUGGCAAACAGGAAAUUGUAACAUUUAUUGCCAAAAUUUUACAAAAGUUGCAUUUUUUUAAAGCGAAAUAUCACUCAUAAAUAGCAAGAUCAAUUUGGCAUAUGGAAAAGGAUCGGUAUUAGAAUGCAACUUUUAAAGAUUAUCUAUUACUUGGACAGUAUAAGAGAUAACUAUAUAUAGACUAGAGGAACAUCACAGAAGAGAAGGAAAUAUUUAAUAUCGUGUUCAUUCAAGGAUCAAAUGUCAAUGAUUGUAACAAAUAAUUGGGACGAUUUAAUUGGGAUAACAACUUAAUGUCCGGAAAAUGUGGGAACAUUGUGAUGAAUCAUAAUGUAUAUUCAUGAAAUUUCAAAACAGUUAUCUCGAUUUCGUAAGAUUUGAAAAAGACCAGCUAUUAAUCUGAAAUUUAAAGAAAACCAACAACGCAGUACUAAUCUAAAAAAGCUACCAACGUGAGAUUUCAUGCUAUUCAGAAGAGGCUACCAAUGCAGGAUUUCAUACUACCCAGAGGAGGCUACCAACGUGGGACUUCGUGCUAUCUAGAGGAGGCUACCAACGUGGGACUUCGUGCUACCCAGAGGAGGCUACCAAUGUGGGACUUCGUGCUACCCAGAGGAGGCUACCAAUGUGGGACUUCGUGCUACCCAGAGGAGGCUACCAACGUGGGACUUCGUGCUACCCAGAGGAGGCUACCAACGUGGAACUUCGUGCUAUUCAGAGGAGGCUACCAACGUGAGACUUCGUGCUAUUCAGAGGAGGCUACCAACGUGAGACUUCGUGCUAUCCAGAGGGGGCUACCAGCGUGGGACUUCGUGCUAUCCAGAGGGGGCUACCAACGUGGGACUUCGUGCUAUCCAGAGGAGGCUACCAACGUGGGACUUCGUGCGAUUCAGAAGAGGGUGCCAGCGUGGGACUUCGUGCUAUCCAGAGGGGGCUACCAACGUGGGACUUCGUGCUAUCCAGAGGAGGCUACCAACGUGGGACUUCGUGCGAUUCAGAAGAGGGUGCCAGCGUGGGAGUUCGUGCUAUCCAGAGGAGGCUACCAACGUGGGACUUCGUGCUAUCCAGAGGAGGCUCCCAACGUGGGACUUCGUGCUAUCCAGAGGAGGCUACCAACGUGGGACUUCGUGCGAUUCAGAAGAGGGUGCCAGCGUGGGACUUCGUGCGAUCCAGAAGAGGGUGCCAGCGUAGGACUUUGUAGGAUUAUCAGGAGACUACCGACGCGGGACUUUGUGGGACCACCAGGAGACUACCGACGCGGGACUUUGUGGGACCACCAGGAGACUACCGACGCGGGAUUUCGUGGGGUUCAAAGGAGGUUACAAAUGUAGGAUUUUGUGAAGAUACUGCAAGAUGUAUUGGCGCCAGGCACAUAAAUAUACUUUAUGCGACUCACGGACAUUUAAUUCAGCACAAUAUGCGUACAUAUAAACAAAAUAACAAACCAACAGUAUCAUGUCACUAUAAAGGGUACCGAUACCUUUUUUUUUACAAUUUAGCAAAGCAAACAAAUGAGGAUGGUCCCUAUAUAAACCAUCGUUACUACUGACUACGAUAACAAUCAGUAAGAAGGUCAUAGAAAAUCAUACAUAUUAAAUAUUAAGAAGUGUAAGAUUUAUUCUGUAUGAAAACAGAAGCUGUGUGAUUACAUGAUAAUAACGUUACUAAUAAAGAAAGUAAAGUAUUGAA